CUGGAACACAAGCCCGGGCAAACUAGGACCAACGCAUGCACGUGUGUGAAGUGCGUCUAAUUUCAUAGUUCUCUUAGAUUAAUUGGCAAAAACAUCUGCAUAAACCAUAAAAAUGUUUACCCUGCGGACGUUCAAAAUGGUGGUGAAGAUUGAGCCGAGGCUUUUUGGCAAGAACCGUAACGAGGCGAUCGCGACGGAGCUUAACAAGAAGCUUGCCAACAAGGUGGUGAUCAACGUUGGGCUGUGCAUCUGCCUGUACGACGUGACCGACAUCGGGGUUGCGCACCUCAUACCUGGCGAUGGUUCGGCCCACCUUAAAGUUACCUUCCGCUACGUCGUAUUCUGCCCCUUUAAGGAGGAGACGAUCGAAGGCAAAGUCAAGCUCUGCGACAGCGAGGGCAUCCAUGUGUCCUUGACCUUCUUUGACGACAUAAUCAUCCCUCCGAUGCACAUGCAAUGUCCCUCCAAGUUCAACGAGGCCCAGAGCACCUGGGUUUGGCUGUACAAGGUCGACCCUGAGUCAGAACCUGUUGAGAUGGUCGUUGAAAAAGGCGAUGACAUCAGAUUUAAGGUGGUUGAACUGGAGUUCAAUGACACGACCCCAAAGCCGGCGGACCAGACUGCAGGUGCAAUUUUAGACACUAGCAAAGACACGCCUUUUAGAAUAAUUGCAAAAAUCAGUGAAUCUGGGCUUGGUCUUCCGUCUUGGUGGAACCAAGAGGCAGAGGAUGCUGAAGAGGAGGAUGAGGAAGAUGCUAUGGAUGUUGAACAAGAAGAAGACUGCUAAUUUAAGUAAAAUAUAUUAUUUAUUUUUAAUCAUUUAUGGUUAAAUUCCAUCUCUAUGCCAGGAUUAUUAUUUAGAAUUUUCUGUGGUUUUAGAAAUAAAAAUAUCGCGUUGAUUGCAUUUUGAAA